UACAACAUCUAUAUAAAUCAAAGCAUGGGGGUCCUCCCAGUUGUUCCAUAUACGAAACUUGUUGGGCUCAGCUAAGAAACCAAACAUACACCGAAAAGCAAGAAACUCGUUUUUCCCAUUUCUGUUUUAUACACCCACUGCCAUGGCACCGAAUAGGGAAAAGACUAUCGUUAGUUCUUACUCUCAGAGCCACGGUGUCAACAAGCCCCGGCUUUCAAUGGAGAGUCUCCAAAGAUCAAUAUCUGAUAUAUCGUUUGAGCUAAGCAAAGAAGCCAUUGACGCAACGCUUCCGCCCAUAUCCGAAGUCGAGGAUGCCAAGUGCGAGUGCUGUGGCAUGUCCGAGGAGUGCACUCCUGAGUACAUUAGUCAAGUUCGUGACAAGUUUGCGGGGAAAUUGGUUUGCGGGCUUUGUGCCGAAGCUAUCAAUGAAGAGAUGGAGAAGAACGGAGGGAAAAGAGAAGAAGCCUUGAAUGAGCACAUGAGUGCUUGUGUGAGGUUCAACAGGUUGGGUCGGACUCACCCUGUGCUGUACCAAGCUGAGGCAAUGAGAGAAAUCCUGAAGAAGAGUUCAAGGGUCAGGGCUAAGUCUACGAGUCCUAGGGACAAGGGUGGUCCGCAGAAGGGUCGUAUCACAAGAACCUCGAGUUGUAUACCGGCAAUCGCCAAGGAGAUUGGUGACCGGACCAAGGUGAAUUGACAUACCCGUUUAAUGGCAUUCAAGGCAGAAUAACUUCUAACUAAGGGAACUUCAAACUACAUGGCUAUAGCUCAAAUACUCAAAUUUUUGCUUUUGUUUUUUACACUUGAAAACAUACUAAGUCUUGAGUUACGUACAUAAUUAGGAAAUUGAGUUUUUCCAUCUUCUAAGUCCCACCAGGAUUUAAACUCGAUACCUUUUAAUGAACAAGUCCUCUUGGACAUCAAUUCUAGGUUCUCUUGUGGCUAUGUAAUAGUAAGUUCUUACUUUUCCCUGGCUAGUGUUUAUCAGUUG